AUGUUUGGAGCAGUCAGGAGGUUAGCAACGGCUGCCGCUUCAGCCCAGGUAUCAAGGUUGCAAGACGUGGUUAUUGUCGGAGGAGGCCCAGCAGGCUUGUCCUUGUUGGCAGCCCUCAAGAGCUCACAUAAAACACGCCAUUUGAAGUGCACAUUAGUCGAAGGAGGUAGCUUGGAUAAUAUCCGGACUUUUGGGGAGGACCCCCCAGAAAAUUACACCAACAGAGUGGUUUCAUUGACACCACAAUCUGUGGAAUUCAUGCAAGAGAGAAUCGGAAGCUGGCAGUACAUCAACCAGGACAGGAUCAAAUUCUACAGCUCAAUUGUGGCAUACGACUCGCAAGAAAAGGACGCCAGAAUCCAGUUUGAUGCCAGCAUGACGGAUGGAAACGGUGUUUUGGCGGUGAUGUGUGAGAAUAUCAAUAUUCAGAGCCUGUUGUUAAGCAGAAUUGACGAAAUUGGCGACUCUACCAUUUUGGACAACACCAAGGUCUUGGACAUCGUGCAUCCCAACAAGCCUGAAAUAAAUCACGACUUGACCGCAGAGCCACAGACCACCUCUCCAGGCUUGGACUGGCCUAUCGUCCAACUUUCCAACGGUGAAAGCAUACAAACCAGAUUGUUGGUGGGUGCUGACGGCUACAACUCGCCUGUCCGUAAGUUCUCGGGUAUCGAGUCCAGAGGCUGGCAAUACGGCCGUUUCGGAGUGGUAGCAACCAUCAAGUUGCAGUACGAGGAUUAUCGUUCCAUUGGAUGGCAGAGGUUCUUGACCACUGGACCCUUGGCCAUCUUACCAUUGACAGAAGACAAUGCGACCAUCGUGUGGUCCAGCACCCCCGAAUUGUCGGAUAUCUUGUUGAAGGUGACCCCUGAAAUCUUUGUGCAUUUGGUAAACGCUGCCAUGACUUUGGACGAGGUCGACCUAAACUACAUCUACGGAGUGUUGAAGAAGGACCCCACCGACACCUCGGUAUUGGAGGAGAUUGAAUGGAGAAUGUCGAAGAUCAAGUUGUCUGAAUUGGAGGAAAAGUACCCCUUGCCAGUGUCUGAAGUUAUUGACAAGUCCAGAGCACGCUUUCCAUUAAAAAUGUCCCAUGCCGACACCUACGUGGCUCCCAGAGUCGCUUUGAUUGGAGAUGCUGCGCAUACCAUCCAUCCAUUGGCAGGUCAAGGAUUGAACAUGGGCCAGUCGGACGUUGCAGGCUUGGUGGAGGCCUUGGAAAAGGGUGUAGAGAGAGGCAUGGAUAUUGGAUCCACGCUUGUACUUGAGAGCUACGUGUCCAACACCUGGCCUGCCAACAGCAUGCUUUUGGGAGUGUGUGACAAGCUCCACAAGAUCUUCUCCACCGACUUUUAUCCGUUGGUGUUGCUCAGAGGCAUCGGCAUGAAGUCGCUCAACAUGCUCGACGUGGUCAAGGACUUGAUGGUCAAGUCUAUGGCCAGAUAG